CACGUGCUCCUCGCGCGGCCAAUGAGCGCGCGCCGGCACCAGGCGGCACGGGAGGUGAGGGUGAGGCGGCGCGCGCUGAGGGCUCUGGACCCCCCCCCCCUCUCAGGCCUCCCCACCGGGACGAUGUCGGCAGCCCACCCGAGGUCGCGGCCCCGCGAGGCCGUGAGCCGCGUGCGACGCGCGGCACACGCCGUGCCGCCGCUCUUCGCGCUCAUCAACAGCAUCGGGUUCUUGGAUCUGUUUGGCGUGAGUCUGGUGGUGCCGUUGCUGCAUCACCACCUCACCACGCAGCUGGGGGCGAGCCACCUCGUGGCAGGGCUGCUGGGGUCCGUGUACGGAUUCCUCCAGCUCUUCUCCAGCCCCAUUGUGGGCAGAUGGAGCGACGUGCCCGGCUGCCGUCGCCGCUGCCUGGUGCUGUGCCUCUUGUCCUCCGCCACGGGAUACUUCAUACAAGGCCUGGCAAGCAGCCCGGUGGGGAUGUCCAUCGCGAGGGCGGUGUUAGGUGUGUCUAAGCACACGCAGUCUCUGAGCCGGGGGCUGUUGUCUGUGUCGGCGCCGGGCGAGCGAAGGCCCGUGCUGCUCGGGAGGUUCAACGCCGUGAGCGGCCUGGGGUUCGUCGUGGGCCCGGCGUGCGCGGGGCUCAUCGCCGAGCAGCCAGGGGGGUUCGCCGCCCUCUCCUUCCUGUGUGCGGCGCUGUUUCUCAUCAACGCAGGCAUCGUCUACCUCUUCCUACCCGACCCCGAGACUGGCCAAGGGGUGCAGACCUCGGCUAAAGCCGCCAAACACCUUGCGGAAACCGCGCUGCCGCACGACGCUCCGGCUCGUCGGGACGACGAUCAGGUGCACGGCACCGAGACGCCUUUCCCUGACGACGAUGAGGAGGAGAACCCGUCGCAGCGGGCAUCCCGCGGGCGGUGCCUGCACGCUGUGCGCUUCCUCAUGUCGUGCGCGUACCUGCUGCACCACGGUGCAUUCGCGUCGUGGCUUCGCACGCGCCACGACGCGCCUCCCCGUCUCGUGGGGGCGCUCGUCUCGCUCUCGGCGGCCGCCGGCGCCGCCACCUCAUCGCUCGCCCGCGUCUACGACGCCGGCCCCUCCCCGGAGGCGACGCUGCGGGUCACGUGCGCGGCGGCGGCCACCGCCAUGCUGGCGUUGGCGACCGGGGCGGCCGGGCUGCCGGGAGCCGCCGCCUGCGCCGUGGUCCUAUCUGUGUCGAGCGCCGUGGGCCGCGUCGUCCUCACGGAGGGCCAGCUGCGCGUCGCCGGCGCGGGCGGCGCGGGGGCCACCCUCGGGCUGGGCCAGGCCGUGACGUCGGCCGCCAGGGUGCUGGCGCCCGCGCUGGGGGGGGCGGCACAGCACCGCGGGGGCGCGGCCGCCCCCGCGGCGCUGGGGGCGGCGUGCGCCCUGGUCGCGACGGCGGUUACGCCGAGCAGAGCGCCGGCAGGCAAGGUGAAACGCAGCUAGCGGGCGGCGGUGCCGCUGUGCUAGCGGGCGGAGGAACCGCGCGCGGAAGGAACGGCGCUGUCCCAGGAGCCGGUGCGCAAUUGCUCAUCUGAGAUAAUACGUUUUUUUUUUUUUCUCCCAACGAGACAUUUUAUUGCACCAAGGAAGUCGUUUGCUGUUGUUAAUUAACGUACUGAUGAUAUAAUCGAGAUAAUUGUUUUGCACAGACAGCGUCGGUCCAAGUUGAAUAGGUGUGGCGAGGGGCAUGUUAGUGAGAAGCGUUGAAAGAUGAAUCUACCGAAUAUGAAACGUGCCCAGAUCUGAUCGUGCUGUCCAGGUCGCGACUAUGUACGAUGCACAAACGACAAACGGUCGUAAAAUCCAAGACCUGAUCUAGAGUGAAAGUGCCUAGUUGAGAUCGCGGCGCUGUUUACGAGUGUGGCAAAGGCAAGUCAUGGAGGUUGGAAGUAAUAAGCAUCCAAACAUUAUAGCAGGGAGUAAAACUGCUAUUGAAUUCCAUUUUCUUGGAUCAUGCAUAAUAAACAAUGGUGGAAGCAGUAGAUUCAAAGAAGGCUGUGGAUGACAAGAUCAGCUUUGGCACUGCUGAUCAUGAAUUAAUGAAUUAUUAUUAUACGUGCCAAUAUCACCCUCAAUAAAGUAGGCAUGAGGGCACAUUACAACAGAUCGAAAACGAUACAGGGGGCAUGGGACAACAGGAAUGAGAAAGGAAACCCGUCACGACCUCAGUGGCUAUCACCGACUGAGCAAAAUAAAUUGCAACCACGCAGAAAUAGUAUACGAAAAGUAGUAAAUAUAAAUUAAUAAUAAGUAAAGAAAGCGUUUCCCUCCCCGCCCCCCCUUCAAUUUUAGAUUUUAUGGGAAGGCAAGUUGGAAUUAUUUUAUCUCUUGUGCAAACGUACGGUUUAACAAGUAUUCCAGAUCGCACUUUAUCGAUGUGAGUCCUGGUUCCUUAAUAAAAACAGACAUGGAACACAAAA